AUGCCACGGAGCCCAAGGGUAGCGGCUGUCGCCCCUCAGCUCAAAGCCCGGCUGCUGGCUGGGAGAGGCUCGUCUCUCUCGUGGAGAGGGGAAAGCCCGGGUGUUUGCGAUACAAAGCCUUCACAUAAGGGAGGGAGAGUCGCCGAUGCGGCAAUGGAGCGCAAGAGUAACAGUGUCCACGGCCCCUCUAAACCCUGCAGAUUACGGCUCUGCCGGGAAUGUAGGCUGCUGAGGACCGCGGGGCAGAGCGAGACGAGCCGUACCCGCACCACGGGCUCGGCAGUGCGGGCUCGGCGGGGCUCCGCAGGGCACACCCGCCCAGCGCGGCGCUCCCGGGGCGGGGCGGGAGGCGGGACCGCGGCGCCGCUGCCGAGCCCCGCAGCGGGGCCGGACGCGGCUGCCGCCGGAGCCGAGUCGAGCCUCCUCCCUGCCGGGAUUGCCACAUCGGCACCGCCGCUCCGAGAAGGCGCUUUCCGGAGCGGAUCGGGAGCUCAGCGCGCGGGGAGAUGGAGCCCCGCUGCUGCCGCCGCCGCCGCUGCCGCCGCCCCCCGGGACCCGCGCUCCGCCAGGGCCGCCGCUGCCACCGCCGGGACGGAGAGAGCGGCCCCGUCGCCGUCUAACGCCGCAGCCCCGGCGGCCCGGCCGAGGCGGGAGGCGGCGCGGAGGCCGCCGCGGCCCCUCCGCCCGCCGGGCGGCGGCGAAGCGCGGCCCCCUCCUCCCCGCCCUCCCCGCCGCCGCUUCCCCGCCCCCGCCCGGCCCUCGGCCGGGCUCGGCAGCCGGGCCAUGGCAGGGCGAUGA